AUGGCGCCCUCCCGCGGCGCCGUGCCUGGCAGAUCGCGCGGCCGCGGCUCCCACCCCCUCGGGGCUGCGGCGCCCUGGGCCGUCGGCUCCGCCUGCCGCGGCGCCUGGGCUGUGGUCCCCGCCCUGGCCUCGCCGCCGCCCGCGGCCGAGUGCCACAGCGCGAGGGCUCCGGGAGCUGACGGACCGGCAGGGCCCCUCGGCUGCCUGACUGCGACGGGCCCGCAGGCCGAGAAGCUGCCCGCGGAGGCUGAAGAGAUGUUCGAGCGGAUCGUCACGGGGGUUGCCGACGACUGGCCCGCCAACCCCGUGAGCGACAACAUCGAGGCGCACGCGGACGACGAGCGCUUCACCGAGGCGUGCCAGCCGUACGGCCUGCGCCAGCUGCUGGACAUGGGAGCGUCCACGUUCUGUCGCCGUGGCGACGUCAUCGCGCACAAGGGCGAGUGCCUGGACCACAUCGCCGCCUCCGCGAACACUUUCGGGCUCGGCCGCCACUUGCUGAGGAACAUCUCCGAGGCCAAGGGCGGGAUCGACAAGGCCUUCCUGGUGGAUGCGUUCGCCGACAGCCUCGCGGAGUCCCUCGCGGAGCCGAUCCACAGGGAGAUCAGGACCACGCCCUGGGUCGCCUCUGAGCCCGGCGGCCCGCCACUUCUCUGUUUCGGCACCCUCGCUCCCAGCAAGGGUGCGAGAGAACUCGCGCUGCUCGUCGCCCGCGCCUGCGGUCCUCCUCACCCUGCUUCGCUUGAUCCUCCCGCCUGUCCUGCAACGCCGAGGUGUUCGCCGGCCGCAAGCCCCAGCCUUUCUGAGAAUUCGAACCGUACCUGGGUGGACGUGGUAAUGACACGGCACCCUCGGUCGUUUUACCUGCAACGCAUCUCUUCGCCUUCAACCUCGCCCCCCUCCGCCACGCCCAGCAGCGAGAGUUCAGGGAGGAACCCAGCCGACGAUGGGGUGUCGGCUGACAUUCAGUCUUCUCUCGCUUUUGUUGCAUCGAGCCUCCGGUCCCCUCCCCUCUUCUCCAACCUCGUCCAUGUGCUUUGCUGUGCCCCUCUUUGCUCUGCCUUUGUUCGCUGCCUCGCCGAUCGGUACUUCUGUCCGCUCGUUAAACCAUUCGGCUAA